AAUCGCGGGCACCGGCCGACCGAGCCAGCGCCAAGGGAGGAGGAGGAGGAGGAGGAGAGCGAGAGCGAGAGGAAAGCGGAGGAGAAGCCCGCGACCGCGGCCCUCCAUUUCUCGGUUUCCCUCGCGUGGAAUCCCCCUGGACUCCCGCCGCUGCGUGCUCGUCGGCCCCGGCGAGCGGCGCCGCCCGAUCUGCUUUGCCCUCUCUCUCCUCAGGGCUUGCACCGAGGAGAGGAGGAGAGAGCUGGGCAGAAGAAGCUAGAUUCUGAACGGCGCCAUGAAGAAAGCAUUCGAUCAAACUGUUCGGGACCUGAAAAGAGAGGUGAACAAGAAGGUCCUCAAGGUGCCUGGUAUAGAACAAAAGAUUCUUGAUGCCACAAGUAACGAGCCAUGGGGCCCACAUGGAUCACUCUUGGCAGAAAUUGCCCAAGCAACAAAUAACUACCAUGAGUAUCAGAUGGUCAUGAAUGUUGUGUGGAAGAGGAUCAAUGACACUGGUAAAAAUUGGCGGCAUGUUUAUAAGGGAUUGAUUGUCCUGGAUUACUUGGUUGCUCAUGGUACAGAGCGGGUUAUUGAUGACAUAAGGGAGCAUUCUUAUCAGAUAUCGGCGCUAGCUGAUUUCCAGUAUAUCGAUUCGAGUGGGAGAGAUCAAGGUAGCAAUGUAAGGCGGAAAUCACAAAGCCUUGUUAGUUUAGUUAACGACAAAGAGAGAAUACAGGAAGUUAGGCAGAAAGCACUUGCUACCAGAGACAAGUACCGGACCAGUGGAACACACAGGAGCCCAGGUGGCUAUGACAAUGAUCGCUACGAAGGAAGCUAUGGCAGUAGGUACGAUAACAGAAAUGGCUAUGGGGGAGAAAGAGAGUAUGGAUAUAGAGAAGAUGACAGAUAUGGCGGUGCUGGAAAUACACCCAAUCGGGAAGGAGAUCGUUAUUCUAGGGAUUCUAAUGAGCGUUAUGGCAGAGAUAGAGAAGAUGAGUACAAAGGGAGUCAUAGCAACCAUGAAUAUGCAGAAGGAUCGGGUCGCAGGAGCUAUGGACGAGAUAGGGAUUCAUAUGGGGAUGAUGAAGCUUAUUCAUCCCGUGGCCGACAAAGCAAUGGUGAUGGGGCUACUCAGGAUGAGAGGCCCAUAGAGCGGAAACCUUCUAACCAGCAGAUUGCUUCACCGCCACCAAACUAUGAAGAUGUCACAAGAGAUGCCCAGGACAAUAUUCACAAUGAACGAAAUGGAGGGACUGUGCCUGUGCCAGUUGCUGCACAAAAGGUUGGUGCACAAAAGGUUUCUUCACCUCCUGUUUCUACAAUAAGCGUACCCCCAGGUCAGGUGAAUGGUGUCCAUGAUAGUACAGUAGAAGAUGUACCUGCACCACCACCUGCUCAUGCUGAAGCUAAUGGGUUUGAUGAGUUUGAUCCUCGUGGAUCAGUACAAGAUACUUCGGCUCCAGUUAACCCCUCUCCAGCAGUGAAUAGCUUGGAAAUGGAUUUAUUCGGAUCAGAUCCUAUUAGUUCAUUGGCUUUGGUAUCUGUGCCUCAGCCAACCACCAGCCCAAUUGUUGAGCCAUCAGCAAAUUCGGGAUUUGAGACUAAUGGUUUUAUGGGCAUGCCACCGGCUUCUACUGGAUUUGAUGAGUCCUUUGAUGCAACAAAUCCUUUUGGGGAUCCAACACCUUUCAAGGUUGUUCAUGAAGAAACCCCUGCAGUUUCUCAGACAAAUGCUGCACCUGCUGGUUCUUUCCAUGCUACUGGACCUGCUGCAGAUGCAAAUCCUUUCGAGCCUGCUUCAGCAGCAAGCUUUGGUUUUGGAGACACUCUUGGCGACCUUUCUUUUGGAUCAAAUGCUGCAUCUGGGCAGCAGGAUAUUUUUGCACCCACCUCCUUGCCUUCAGAUGUAUCACCUGCAAACCCAUCUAUGCUCCCCCAACAGGCACCUCAGCCUGCAGCUGCUGGUCCACCACCUGCUACUCAUGUUGCUGCCACUUCAUUUGCUCCUCAAGCGCAUCAAGCAGGGCCAUCCUAUCCUCAUACAGUUACUCAUGCUUCCUCCACAUUUCCUCAUUCACAACCACCUCAUCCUGCAGCCACUAAUCAAUCUCCAAUCCCUCAGACAGUUGCCGCAGCAUUUGCUCCUUCACAAAUGCUUCAACCUGCACUGAACUUACCAUCAGGCCAAUUGAACUUUUAUGCGCAACCAGUCCCAGGGACUGGCAUUGAUGGCAUGUCUGGGGCUCCACAGAAUGGAGCACCAUCCUACACUCCUUCACAGCCCUCUCAAUUUGCAGCUCCAACAAAUCUACAGCCAUCUCAGCCAGCCUUCCCCCCACAAACUGCCACUACAGCUCCACAGGCAACAUCAAUUUCUCAAGGGGCAUCUCAGCCUCUUGCACCGCCGAAUUCAAUGCCUUCUGGUGCGAACUUCCAAUUACAAUCAAGUUCAUCAGCUCCCCCAGAAACAAUCAUUUCAGCCUUGCAAUUUAGUCAAUCUGAGCCAGUGAAGAAAUUCGAGCCCAAAUCUACAGUUUGGGCAGAUACAUUGAGCCGAGGUCUAGUCAAUCUGAACAUCUCUGGACCGAAGGCUAAUCCACACGCCGAUAUUGGAGUUGACUUUGAUUCAAUCAAUCGCAAGGAGAAAAGGCAAGAGAAGAAAGUCUCUCAAGCUCCUGUGGUGUCUACGAUCAAUAUGGGCAAAGCCAUGGGAGCUGGUUCUGGCAUUGGUCGGGCAGGUGCCAGUGCCAUGGCACCUCCAGCCAACCCAAUGGGCGCAGGCAGGGGCGUUGGCAUGGGAAUCGGUCCUGGUUCAGGUUACGGUGGUGGAAUGGGAAUGAACCGGCCGACGGGCAUGGGAAUGGGAAUGAACCAACAACAGAUGGGGAUGGGGAUGGGAAUGGGAAUGAACCAACAACAGAUGGGCAUGGGCAUGGGCAUGAACCAACAGCCCAUGGGAAUGGGAAUGGGGAUGAACCAACAACCCAUGGGAAUGAACAUGGGCAUGGGGAUGAACCAGGGGAUGGCGAUGCGGCCUCCUAUGGGAAUGGGUCCAGGUGGAAUUCCCGGUGCUGGCUACAAUCCAAUGGGUACUGGAUACGGUGGUCAGCAGCCAUACGGCGGGUACAGGUGAGAUUAUACUGUACAAUGGGAUACUCAGCAAGGGGUUGAGAAACAGCUUAGGAGGCGUUUGGAUUUUGGUCGGCUGGAUUUUCUUUCUGUAUGAUUCCUUUUGUUUGGGGGCUGGGGGUAUAAUGUUUCAUCACUAUUCUUUUUCUAUCCAUGUUGGAUAUUGUAUCUACUAAAUAUAUGUGACGUGAACGAGGGCGAUGCUACAACUGCUGUGCUGUGUUGGAUGCAAAGCCUUGAUACUAUAAUCAUCAAUGUAGCUGUAUAAUUCUCUAUAGGAUGCUUUUUCAGUAAACAUUGUGAUUGUUUCAGCGUUCUUGCUGGAUUGACAAUAAAGAGGCUGUACCAUUUUGUAUA